AUGAAAAACGAAGCAUUAAAUGAACUUGAAAAGAUAUGGCCUACGGCCAUCGAAGCACAUAAACAAUUACUAUCGGGUACACUGCGCCGAUUAUCAUUUUUACGUCGACAAAAGAAACACAUUUUAUCAUUAUCUGCACUAAACGAAACAAAUUCCAGCAUGCAACAAUGUUGGCCACCAUGUGAGCCUGAUUUAUCUGUUGAAGGAUCAAUGUGUCAGGAUACUUUACCGCCUUGUGAAUUCUGUUUUGAACCAUCAAGUUCGGUUAUUAUGACCGAUGGAUUUAAUACUAAUCGUGAAAGACAAUGUAGUGAGCCUGUUAGUGUUCCUGAGCCAUCAGCAACAGUACUAGCUAAUGCUCAGCAACAACCACAACAGCAAUCACAUUCAUCGGGUUAUGAAUCUGCAUUUGGUAAUGAACUAUCACCAACAAAGAAUUACUGGAUAUCAGGCAUUAAUGACGUUUCAUCAGAUCUAUCAACAACAACUGAUGAUCUUUUCACUGAUCAGGAUCAAUCUUUAUUUGAUGAGAACUCGACAAAUACAACAACUAAUGGUACUGGUGAACAAGAUAUCGAUGAUGAUAGUUUUGAAGUACUUUCAUUUGAAGCACCGCCUGAAAGUUCUAUUCACUUCAAAGAAUUUCAAUAUACAACAUCAAAUAGUCAAAAUAAUCUUUGCGAUUGUUGUAAUAAAUCGUUUACAUCGGUAUCAAAUGUACCUGCACGUCGUUGUUAUUACUAUGGUAAAUUAUAUUGUUCACGUUGCCAUAUUAUGGAUUAUACAUAUAUUCCAGCAAAAAUAAUUAAAUCAUUUGAUAUGCAUCUUUAUCCUGUAUGUCGUCGAGCUAAAUCAAUUCUUCAAUCAAAUUUUUAUCAACCAUUUUUUGAUAUACAAAAUGAUAAUGAAAAUUUAUAUAUAUUACAACCCAUAUUGUCCGAUAUAAAAGCAAGUCGUAUACAGUUUCAAAAUUUUUAUGCAUAUUUAUCAACAUGUACACGUAUUGAAAAUGAAUUAAAUGAAAAAUUUUUAAAAGAAUUUUAUGCACGUGAUUAUCUUUAUCAAAGUAUUCAUUUAUAUUCAUUAAAUGAUUUAUUAUCAUUAAAAAAAAUUUUACAGAUACUUAAUACAGCAAGUAUACGAGCAAGACAACAUAUAUAUAAAUGCAUUAUUUGUCGUGAGAAAGGUUUUACUUGUGAAAUAUGUAAAAAUCGAAAAGAUAUACUUUAUCCAUUUAAUGAUAUAAAAACAAUAGGACAAUGUACUCAUUGUUCAAAUAUAUAUCAUAGACAAUGUUGGGAUAAUAUUGAGCAUGAUUGUCCAAAAUGUUAUCGUCUAAUACAACGAAAACAUGAACAAGAUAUUAUAUAA